AUGGCUAGAAAGGAAAAACAACAAAAGAAUGGUUUGGAUCAGCGUCCAAGAAACCGUAAAGCUGAAGUUUUGGAUCCUGCCACUUCACCUUUAGCCACUAAGGAUGGAGGGAGCACAAACAAAGAAGAGAUGAAGUUGGGCAAGGAACUUCCUAAUGGUACCCAUUCCGAGCAUUUCACAAAGAACACUAAUGAUGUGGAUCGUGCUCAAGAUGGGAAGAAUUCUAAGAAAAAAUCUAGAAGUCUCAAUGUAAAGAUAAAAAGUUCAGAUGAGACUGUUACCGGACCUGCAGUAUCGUCUAAUGUUAAUAUUGAAGUGGAAAAGAAUGGUACUUUUACAGCUGAAGCUUCAAAUGUAGGAGAUGGAAGUGACAUGCCCCAUAAUGAUUUCAAUAAUGUUAAUGGUUUUGAUGAUUCGGUGAGUGGCCUUGGUAGAGAAGAAGGGCUGGGAAAUGUGGAGUACCCUGAAACGGCAGUUUUUAAAUUCAUAAGGACUGCAGCACUUUCAGUGGCACGGUCAUCUGCCAAUUGGGUAGAGAGGUACAAGCCUACCUUUGCCACUCUAAAGUCCGACAUAUUAAAUGGCCGUGAUCACGUCAGGACGAAGAUUCAGCAUGCAAAACCUAUUGUAUUCAGAUGGAUUAGGCAUAUAGGGAGUAUAAUGCUUCUUCUCUUUAUGGUUUGGUUGGACUGCACUGUGAGGGGCAUGGAUUCUUUGCGCAUGGGAACAACGUCGUUUUUCUUGAUACUAUGGUGUAGUGUUCUUUCAGUGGUUGCCAUGGCUGGCAUUGGCAAGUUUCUACUUACCAUGGUAGUAACUGCUGCAGUCGGACUAUUUCUUGGCUUCACACUUGCAAUAGUAAUGUCUGGCCUCAUUGGAAUAAUCUUUCUAUGGUUUUACGGCAGCUUUUGGACUACAGGGCUCAUUAUAUUUCUUGGAGGACUGGCAUUCAUGACAGCUCAUGAUCGUCUUGCUCUCUUCAUCACUAGUGUGUAUUCCAUGUAUUGUGCCUGGAAUUACGUUGGGUGGUUAGGUUUAGUUUUGGGGUUGAACUUAUCAUUUAUAUCAAGUGACGCUCUGCUGUUUUUCCUGAGGAAUAUCAUUACUGAGCAAGGAACGCCACAUAGCAAUCCAGAACAAACAACGGGAUUUCAAGGCCAAACGCCUUUUCAUCCUAAUGAAUCUGCAAUGCUUGUCCACCCUGAUAAAAAUAUGGGCGACGAGAAAACUGCCCAAGCUUUCAAGAAACUUCAGAAUGCUUAUGAGGUUUGGUCGCCCAGAAAUGGAGAUGACCCACUCAGAGAGUCUCGACAAAUUGCUUGCAGAAAGUGUGGCCAUUUCCAUCAUUGGGUUUUUACCAACAAACCUAAAGUUAAAGCCAGAUGGUGUCAGGAAUGCAAAGAUUUUCAUCUGGCAAAAGAUGGGGAUGGGUGGGUCGAGCAAUCCUCACAACCCUUCUUCUUUGGCUUGCUGCAGCAGGUCGAAACCCCGUCUGCGUAUGUUUGUGCUGGUGGCAAGGUAUAUGAUGCAACAGAAUGGUACAUUUGUCAGGGAAUGAGGUGUCCUAACACCCACAAACCCGAGCUUCCAUGUGAACACCAGCGUGGUCUCCAAGAACGCCCAAGCAGCAAAAGGGACAGCCCGGCAGCGGGCGGGAUGCCAGCGCCCAACAUGGAAGAGACGAUGUCAGAGGAGGAAUUCUUCGAGUGGUUGCAGAACGCAAUGCAGAGUGGGAUGUUUGAGAAUUUCGGUGGCACCACAUCGGAGAGCCCUUCCGGGUCAAAUUCCAAGAGUGGCAGCAGCGGCACCAAUAGCAGCAGCAAGAAAAGAAAAAGGGGAAGAAGGCAUGGUGAGCAAACAAUGGGUGUUUAUCUUAUCUUUUUCUUGUUUUUUUUUCUUGUGUUAAGUAGUGUUAAUUAUAUACUGGAGAGAGAUGAGUGUAUACGGUGCAAUCAGAUUGUACAGCAUAUUUCUCCAUGA